GUUAGCAGUCAUUCUAAAUUAACCGGGAAUUUCAAGUAGUCCUUUCGUGAAUCGCGUAUGAUUGAAUCACUGUUUAUAUUAAAUAAAUAAAUUACAUAAUAGAAUGGCAAUUGUACCAGUUUUAUAAUAUUUGGAAUGUUAAAUAAAUACAAUAACAGCUUUUUAUUAUAAAUACUUUGACACAUAACCUAAGAUUCAUAUUUCUCAAGGCAACUUUAGUGUAAAUAAUAAAAGUGGACGGAAUUUGUGUUGAACUCUGUAAAAAUGCAACUUUUAAUUCAAGCUAGACCCUUAUUAGAUAAAUUGAAACAUUGGCGUCAAGCAUUAUCUUUCAGUGAAGUUCAUUUAACAACAUCUCAAAAGGUUGUGUUAUGGAGCAUAGGAGUUGUGGGAACAAGUGCUAUUGUUGUUGGAGUAUUAUCAAAGUACUUGGCAAGAAAACGAGCAAAGCCAAUUCUGAAUCCAAGGAUUCAGAGGGCCAUUAAUAAAAGAAUUUCACGUAUGAGAAGUCCUAAUGGAGGUAUGGGAUCAGUUGCUAGUAGUGGUGGCCGUAGCAGUCCACUUGGGUUUAGUGAACGGCUCUCACUUGCUUCGGGAUCUCUCGGUUCUGGUGGUGGAGAUGCAGCGCCACUUUCACCACAGCAACUUGGCGUUAUGGGCAUGGAAGCACUAGAAACUAGUAUAAAUUAUUGGGAGGACGCUCUGGCGGCGUUCUCGCUGGGCGCCCGCGGCGGCGUGUCCGGCACACUCGCACUCACUUCGCCCGAGGAGGCCGAAUUUUGUCGCGAGAUACAAGACUUGCUGCAGAAUGCGUAUCUUUUACAGGAGCGGUGCGAGCUGCUGUUCCUGGACCAGCGGUCUGUGCUGUUCCGAUCGGAGAGCGGCGGCGGCGCGGGAGGCGCAAGUGAGCCGGCGACGGGCGGACGCCGCUCGCGCCUGCUGUCCACGCACACCGCCUCCUCGCACACGCGCCGCGACCAUCACUCCAGCGCAGAGUCCUUCGCAUCCGCCGAAGAUCAGGUGGCCGAUCUUAGAGACUUCGAUGAGUUCACGGAAAUAUUGCCUGAGUUAGAUAAUUUAGAAUUAUAUCAAAUGGCAGUGAAGCAACUAGAGUCUGGUAUACCUUACAGAACACUACGUACUGAAGUAGUACAAUGCAGUUCAGAUUCCGAGUUCCUAUGCAAGCUAUAUUGCCUCAGACUAGCCUUCCAAUAUGUGUUCAAGGACGCGGCCGUUUGGGCGUGGUUCGUAGAUGCUGGCAGACAAGUCCUUACGGAUUUACUGCUUUUUGCUGACAAGGAGCCAAAGGAAUUUUUAGUAGCAUAUGAAGAAAUGGUGUCAUGGACAACAGAUGGUACUAACUGGCCUACUAUUGAAAAGGAACUCUUCAGUAAAGGCGUUAAGGUGCUCACGUUCUAUGACGUGGUAUUAGACUACAUCCUGUUGGACGCGUUCGAGGACCUGGCGGCGCCGCCCUCCUCCGUCCUGGCGGUGGUUAGGAACCGCUGGCUCUCCGACGGAUUCAAGGAGAGUGCACUAACGACAGCGGUAUGGUCAGUUAUAAAGGCUAAAAGACGUUAUUUGCAAUACCCUGACGGCUUCAUGUCGCAUUUCUACUCUAUUUCGGAGCAUCUACUGCCCGUACUAGUGUGGGGCUUUCUGGGACCAAGGGAGCGGCUCCGCGACGUCUGCCAAAGUUUUCAAUCAGAAAUAGUUGGUUUCAUCACAGAUCUGUUUAGCUUCCAAAAGUGCCGAUAUACUACAGUAGAGGAUCUCUCCGCCGACAUAAUGCAACACGCUAGGCUGCGAGCAGCGAAUAUUACAGAUAAGAUAGCGGAAAGGAAUUAAUAUCGCCCUUACAGAUAAUAAGCGAAGUGAGACUGACCGCCAUGUCACAAUAUUGGAGUAAAAUAAGAAAAUGGCGCAACCGUUAGCAAUUAUGUUAUGGCAUUCCUAUGUUAAAUCGAUUGACAUACAUUUUAUUUUGUCGUAUGUUUAUACUGACUGCGAUAAUCUGCGUUAACACAUGCGUUAUAUUAGUUUAUAAGAUUAAGUGAAUACUUUCGUUGCAAACUUUGGCUUUCGAUAGUUUAAGAUGUUACAUACAAUUGGUAGGUACAUUGAAACGCUUAGCUUCAUAGAAUAGUCAGUCAUAGCAGUAUUUAUUCAUAUCCAUAAUAAAUGCUGGACAUAUUCAAGGUCAAAUAGUUUGCAUGUAUUAGGUAUAGUUGUCGCAACGAUUGUUGUAACGAACAAUUUUUUUUAUUCACUUUGAAUGCUAGAUUUUGUCUAUAUUGCAAGAUGAAAGUGAUGUAAAUUAUAAUGCAUUAAUAAAUAAUAAAUCAGUUCAAUAUUAAAAUAUUUUAAAUCAUAUUAUUAUUAUCAUUAUGACAUUUUGAUUUUUUUUAUUUAUUAAUAUUGCACCUACCGAAUAAUUUCAAAAACUCCAUUCUUACAGUGGAAUUAUAUGUACUUUCUGUAUGUACAAUUUUAUAUUUAAUGAAUGUGUAGUUUAACAUCUACACAUAUUAACAUUAAAGUCACGCUUUUAUUCAUUAAAACGUCAAAUGUCUCAAACACAUUUUAACUACUGUUUUCUUUCUUUUAAGCUACAUUCCCAAUUUGAAAGAAAGUGACAAAACAGUUCAACGUUUAAAAUAAGCUUGUACUGGGUUUUUACGAAUAAGGGGUUAUCUUUUUUUAAGACUAUGUAAUAAUAAUAAUAAAUCAAAAUGCGUUACUUCAAGUCACGAUGACACGCCCCUUUUUUAAUACUAAUCGUUUCUAGAAUUCUAUACUGCUUCUGUAGCUUUAUAAAGGUAGUACCCGCGGUCCUGUUAGGCUACGUUAUGUAAAGGACGUUAAACCUAGACCUUAUUACAAAAACAUAAUUAAAACAAUUUAUCAAAACAACGUUUAACAAAACUCUUGAGUCAGUUUAUAUUUAUUUUUAAUUUUUAUUAAUGCAACUUUCUGUUAUUCAGUCAAAAAUGUUAUAUAGGCUUUUGUAAUAAGUUGUCUAAACUUGUAUUGAACACCUGUCUAGCGUGUCAACUUUUUUGUGGUAAGACGGAGUGUUUACAACUGAUGGGAAAUUUAUAAGAAGUCGAAGUUGGAACCGAAUUUAUAUAUAAAUAGGUGUCAAAUUCAUAUCACUGUUACCUACUUUCGGCAUUAACUAGAGAUUACGUUCGAUGUGUACAAUUUGUAUAAUUGACAAACUUAUGGAUGUAAAUACGUAUGAACGUGUCCGAUCAUAAACUUUGGUACAUCACGCACUAGGCACCAUGAUUACUAUUGUUAAUAGGGACGUUGUCGUGGAUUGAAAUAAUUGCUUUGAUUCAACUAUCAACUUGUUAAAUCCGGUCAACAUAGCUUUGUUUAUACGGUGAUUAAAAAUGUACUGCGAAUACUUGAAUAAUGUGAAAAAAUUUACCAAAACGUUAUCUCAAAAAAGUAUGUAGUUUCGAUCGAGUUUUUAAAUAAUUACAUACAAUUUUCAAAGCAACGCUACGGACAGAUGUAAUUUCCAAUACCGAUCAAUUUUAUAAUGGCAGAACAUUUUUAAACAAUCAAUAUUAAAUAAAUUAAGAAUUAAUUAAAAUUAUUAAAAAGUAUUAUAAAUUACCAUUUCAUUGUUACACUUGUCUAUUAAUUAUAUUGCAUUUUGAUAAAGUUGUCUCGUGCUUGUGCAUUCCAUUUGUAAUAAUUGAUCUGUAAUAAUGAAUACAUAAAUAAUAAUUAUUUAUUAUUAUGAAACAUUUCUUUACGCCUGUAAAAUCUAUAGCUUAUUUUAGUGUAAAGACACUAAAGAAGUGUAAAAUAAAUCGAAUAAUUUAUUGAAUAAAUUGCGUUGUAUAGCCUUUAUUGCGUAACUACGUAUUUAUUUUGUAAAUAUAU